CGCCGGCCGAGGGAGCCUGGCAGAGCGAGCGGCGCCGGCGUCGUCAUGUGAGAGCGCGGCCCAGCGCCAGGAGCCCGGCCGGAGCGCGUCGCGGGAGCCGGAGGAGGGCAGCGCGGCAGGGGCAGCGGCAGGGCCCGCUUCGGACGGGGACCAAGCCCGGCGCCCACCCCGCCUGCCUCUCGACGCGCGCGGGGACCGGAGGGCGCGGCGGGGCUCCCGGACUGCCCGUCCCCUCGGGAGGCGCCUCCGCGCUCCAGGGAAAAAGUGGACAGCAACACCUCAGCUCGAGUGAAUUAAGAAGAUGUUAAUGUUUGACCCUGUCCCAGUCAAGCCAGAAGCCAUGGAGCCAGUUCCAGUGUCAUUCAGCUCUACUUGGGACCACAUGAAAACCAACAAAUACAGUGUCAUAUAUUCUACACCAAAUAUGAUGCCUAACAAAUUCUACCCAGUCCCAGAUGGAUUGUGUAACGGAGUCCAAGUAGAACCCGUUGAUCUCACGGUGAACAAGCGGAGCUCUCCACCUUCCCCCGGAAGUUCUCCUUCCCCUCUGAAAUACCAGCCUGUCCAUAGGAGGUGCUCACCUGGAUUAAAUCUGCCCGCACCCAGCCCGCCUGUGAAAAAAUUGACGCCUCCUGGAAUACAGCCUUUCGCUGUGCCCAUAAAUAUCCCUCCAGUAAUGGCAGCUCUUUCGCGCCAUGGACUUCAGCGCUCUGGGAUACUUCCAGUUAUACAGCCAGUUGUAGUGCAGCCUGUACUUCAGCCUUUCAUGUAUCCCUCUCAGCUCCAGCAGUCUAUUAUGGUAUCCACAGUUUUUUCAGAAGAACUGGAAAACCCUAGUAGUGUGCCAGUGCCUGUUAUUGAAUCUUAUGAGAAGCCAGCAAUAAAGAAACUAAUAAAAGUAGAACCAGGCAUGGAAUCCCCCCGGGACGACUACUAUCCUGAACAAUUGUCCCCUCCGUUGAUGACUUCAUUGUCCCCUCCUCAAGCAAUGCUCCAGGAGAGUCACCCUUCUGUUAUAGUCCAGCAUGGGAAGAGGCCAGUGCCUGUUGAAUCCCCAGACGCACAAAGGAAGCGCAGGAUACACAGGUGUGAUUAUGAAGGCUGCAACAAAGUUUACACUAAAAGCUCUCAUCUCAAAGCUCACAGAAGAACACAUACAGGUGAAAAACCUUACAAAUGCACCUGGGAAGGUUGCACCUGGAAGUUUGCUCGCUCUGAUGAACUAACGCGGCACUUCCGGAAACACACGGGGGUCAAACCGUUCCAGUGUCCGGACUGUGACCGUAGCUUCUCUCGCUCUGAUCAUCUUGCUCUUCAUAGGAAACGCCACAUGCUAGUCUAAAUCUCUCGUCCUUCAACUGUCAUCAUACUUCCUUUUUAAAUGUCUAAGAUGUGCAUUCAAUUCAGAUUCAGCGGGCCUGAAUAUCUGGAUUUAUAAUCGAAAUCUUCCCGAUGGUCAGUAAGCGAUGUUUGCUAAAUCCUUCUUUGCCCUUGCCACGGGUCAGACCUAAAGAAUGUGAACACUUUCCCACCGGGGAUGCUAAGCAAACCGUGCCAGCCAGCAAGUAGAUUAAAUUUCUGUAAGACUAAGGGAUUUUGUAAUCAAGCUGGUUAGUUUUUUCAUGUAAUCAGCCAGCACCUAUUGAUCACUGUCAUUGGAAUUCCAGCCAGCUAAUCCUUGCCAGAGACUCUGUAUCCCUAUAAAGGAUGCACGCCUCUUUUUUAUGCUCAGCAAUGCAAUGAAUGGACCUUUUCCGACGUGAUUGGUUGCAGGAGUGUGUACCCUGAGACAGUUUUGGGGUGUUGGGGGAAAAGAAUCCUAAUCCUGGGAGUGAAUGGAAAGUUCUUGUCUGAUGAGUGGUUUUUAUCAGCAGAAAUUUUGUCAGUGCAUAAUGUUGUACAUCCUGACCAACAUUGCCUCUCUUUUGUUCUUUUGUUUUAUGGUGUUGUGUAGAACGCUAAUUUGUUUGACUAGGUAGAGUGCCUUAGGAGAUUUGUUAAGCAAACACUUUCACAUGUUGUCCUCACUGACCUGUGUUUUGUGGUGUGAAUGGAACACACGUGGUACUUCUGUGACGUGGCAUUCCGUGACCCAUGCAAUCGUCUACCUCACUGAGGGGGUGUGGUAUGUGUAUUCUUCCAUCACUCCUCUGCAUUGCCUUCAUCUGACAUAGCUUAGGAACCAUUUCAGCAAAAUGAACCAAACCAGAUCAUUGUUGGAAACUAAUUUUCUGAGACACUACCAUAUUUAUAAGUGAGGAGGACAAACUGUUAACUGAAGCACUUCUGUACAGUUCAGAAUUUAUCACAUGAUGUCACAGAUGGAAAAGGUACCCUUCUUCAGACCCUCUUUUGGGGUGGGUGCGUGUGUGUUGUGUGUGUGUUGGACUGACAUGUCAAAUUCAGCAGGGAGAUCUUCACAAAGCCCCUUAAAUAUUUUAUGAUGGAAAGUCGAAGUUCCCAGUAUUCUUUGUUAAAGACCUAUGGAAAGACACCCUGAUCAUCCAGAAGGACUGAUGAUAAAGAUAUUCUCUGUCCUGUCCCAGAAAAGAUUUCCAUUAACUUUUUUGGUAAUGCUGUCAAUGAAGAAAACUUGUUCAGUUUGCCCUAACUUUCAGUUGUAGUCUGUGGACUCUUGCUGUAAUUAUUCCAAUUUGCUUAUUAUUUUAAAAGUAAGGGGGGGAAUGGAGGCCAGCACCAGUACAUGGUACAAAAAGAAGAGGAGAAGACCUUAGAAGGUGUUUGGAAAGCAUCUUUUGAACUUGGUUAAUCCAGUCAAAUGUAUUUCAGGUAAACAGCUUUUCUUCAGGGCAGUUCACAUUAUUCAAUAUGAUCAUUACGUAGCACUUUGUUUUCUGUUUCUUGAUCUGUAGGUUAGGAUUCAUAGUUCAUUUUAGUCAUAUGCAUCCUAGCGUUUUCUGAGAUCACACCCUCUCUUCUUUCUUCAUAUAUCUUAAAAUCAACACAAAAUUUAAUUUUGUAGCCCUAAUAUUGCUCAACUCCAAUUGAAAUAAAUGUAAAUAAGAAGAACUUAUCUUUGCCUGGAUAGUUCCAUUAUAUUUUGUGCCAACACACUGAUCUACAAUUCCUAAAAUUGCAGUUACUUAGAAAUCAAAGAACUUUGAACUAAUUCCCGUUCCUUCAAAAAAGUUCUUCUGAAUCCUGAAGGUAAAAUAUUCACAGAAGAUGCCAAGAGAUUGAUGUGGCAGAACUUCUACCAAAUUGGCAGAAACUCGUACCUAUUUGUUACAGCACAUGGCAGUGAUAACACUUUCUGCAGAUUGUGUUGCUUCUUUGGAAAAAGAAUGAAGGCCAGUUCAUCUUCUUCAUAAUAUUUGGAGGGAAGGAAUAAAACAGAUCCUUUAGGAUGUUUCAAUUCCCUGAGGUUAACAGACAAAUUAGAAACUUCACCUUAUUGGUUACUGAAGCGCUUUUGACAUAAACUUGUCCUCUCUACAAAUUAUAUGGAUAGAGCAAAGGAUUUUGUUGUUGUUGGUCUGUGUAUUUACUGACUUGCUUUUUUCACAGCAAAAUACCUAUACAUGGUUGUUUCAUUGUUAAACCUUAGCAAGACAAUUAGGAUUUUUUUUUAACAAAGCACUUGAAAACAAUCCCUUUGGUGCUGCUGAGGCCUAUUUAGCUUUUCCAGCACCAGUUAGCACAAUUCUAGAAUAACCUUAAGAAAGCUUAGUCCUUAAUAACGCAAGCCAAUAACACAGCAAUAUAAUGGCGUAAAGCCCUGUUUCACUUGGUGUAUUAUUAUGAGUUAAUGCUGGAGAAGACAUUUUAUGUUAUGUUGAUAUACUUAAAUUUCUCUGUUGCUAACACUGAAAAACCUGACUGGGGAACUUUAACAAGGUUUUUUUAAGUUUACACAAGACAAUGGCAGAAGGAAAGCUGCUCCUGAAAUUCUAAAUGGCUAGUUGUGUUUUAUCUGAUUUACCACUUUGCUUCUGUUUAAAAAUAAUUGCCAAAAAGUGAAAGGCACAGAGUAAAACUGAAAUACAGCACAAUUUGCAAUUCUCUAUUUUUAUGGUUUAUUGGGUGUCCCAUGAAAAUAUAUUGCUAUAUAAAUAUUUAUAGGCAAAUCAUGUUACAGGGUUCCACACAGGGCUGGCGCGCCCAUAGAGGCCAGGUAGGCGGUGGCCUCAGGCACGAGGGCACUGGAGAGGUGCCGGAGGGGGUGUCGGGGGCGGAGGUGCGCGCCACGGAGCUGGCGUGGCUGGCCCGCAGCUGCUGCAGCCAGCCAGCCCCGUGCCGCUGCCACACGCCCCCAGCCAGGUGCAGCAGCCACAAGCCGCUGCCAGGGCGGAGCACGGAGCACCCUCUGCCCACCACCCCAGCCAUCCGCCGGCGAAUGCCCCCAGCUUGCGCUGCACGAUGAUGUCAUCGCGCAGUCCAUGGCACGCGCAUGCGCGGGAGGGUUGCCGCAGGCGCAAGAAACCCUGGCGCCGGCAGUGGUUCCACAUUUUAUCUCUGUGCAUACAUUCCUACAUGCACGAAUAGAGAUACUGACGUUUUAUGAGGGCAGUAGUUGUGAAUCAACAUUAUAAGCUGGGUAUUCAUUCCUAAAUAUUUUGAAAGAGAACUCUAGCUGGGACCCAAAGAAUAAUUUCAGUGUGACCAACAGCCAGGACCUGUGCAGUGAGGUAUUUGAUUCCCCCCUCCCAUUUUGAUCAUUGAUUCGCUAGUGCUAGUUUCAACUACUGAAAGCGCAAGCUGUAUUUAUAACUCCCCUCUGCUUCAAAAGGGGGGGGGGAGUUGAGAAAUGCAUGCCCAGAGUCGUUUCAAAUACAAGAAAUUGGCUGUGCCGUUCCUUGGAGCCUGCACACAGCCUAUAUUGACUUCAUAUUAAGUUCAUAAAUGCAGUAUUAAAACCUUAGUAGUAGUAGAAGUGAGUCUAGAAAAAAGUUGACUGUCUUGUAACUACAGAACAGAGUUUCCUCAGUUGUGUUGCAUAGAUCAAGGCUGUGCUUCCCCCUCCCCCCCCCCUGAGUUUUACAGGAACAUUGGUGCACCCUGCUAUAGAUAGCAGCUCAUGUCAAUUCAGAAAGUACCUUUGCUAUCACUUUAAUACUACAGCUUUUAAAGUGGAAAGCAGUCACCUUUAAGGAAAGCAAAGCAGUUCUAGUACAGGAGCAAACUCUUUCCUGAUGCUUCCCAGCUCAUAUAAUUAGCAUUUGACUUGAAUAUAGUGGGAAAUUAGUGGCAUAUAUCCAGAGGAGUUAGCUGUGUUAGUCUGUAGUAGCAAAAUCAAAAAGAGUCCAGUAGCACCUUUAGGGUGCUACUGGACUCUCUUUGAUAGUGGCAUAUAGGCACUAUAGUUUGGGUGUCCGUCCUCUAGCUGAGCGAGGUCGUCAGAACUGUGUUUCUGCCACUACCUUUCCUAGUUAAUGUAACUAUAGGCUGCCUCUUGCCAAGAAGAGCAGAAUGCCAUUAUCUAAAGAGGAAUGUUAGAUCAACCAUUGGGCAGUUACCUAGCAACAAGUAAAAACUACUCGCUUGCAGUAAGAGAAGUACAAGAUCCAAAGAUUUAAAAAGAAGUCCUAAGACAGAGCUUUGUCUCGCAAACCCAAGGCACCAAGUAAUCUCUCUACAGGAUGCAAUUUUUAGAAUUCUGCUUUGUUGAAAAUGCUUUUCAAGGGAGAUCAUUCAGUGUGGAGUUGAUACUUCCUGAAUGUGGUUGUAAUCAUGCACUGUAAAUCUGUAAACAAACAAAAAAACCAAACUGUCUGAUGCCAGAAAGUUGUUCAGUUUUGUUUGUGUUUUUGUCUGUCAAGCUUAGCAAAUUGUAGACGAAUGCAAAUCCUUUCUUUUCAGAACUGCAAAAGUAUUUUAUAUAUAUUAUAUGAAAAGGGCUAUAAUAAUUCCUGUUGUUUUACAGAUAUUAGCACUUUCAUGUUAUUUAUGUACUUCAGAUGUUAGAGGGUUAAAAUAAUCUUCCUGCUUAGUAUAUCCUAAAACUCUGCCUGCAGAUGUAGCAGGGACGUUGCAUUUACCUUAAUACUUGUACAAAUCUAUGCAGACUUUUAAAAAUAAAAUGUAAUAUAUUUUAUAAGCUAAUAAUGCCAUGGGGUAAUUAAAGGUUUCUAGCAUGCAUUCCUAUCAUUUGCAGAUACUGAAGCAUUUUGAUAAUCUUUCUCACUAAAGAUGUGAACGUUUAAUGUACCUUCACUGUUUCUACUUUUCUUAGUCCAAUGGGAAUUCAGUAAUGACAUUUUGUCAUGUCAAACUGUGAACAUAAAUUUGUACUGUACAGUUCUCAUGUUAUAUAUACUAUAUGUAUUAUACUUGUUAAUAAAACAAGACAAAUAGUAAAUAACAUCUUUUUAAGAUCAUA